AUGGUUUCUGCUCGCUUCGUUGUUCUGGCUGUCGUCGUGGUUGUAGCUGUUCAGGCUGGUCCAUCCCCACCAAGCCCAAUCAAGAGCUUGUUGGAUGCUUUGUCGCCUCCAGCUCAAGGUAGGACGAAAAGUCAACGUUAAGUUUAAAAAAAUUUUAUACUAGGUUCAAAUUAGUUUUGUUGUGGAUAGUAUUAGGUUGGACCAAAAGUAGCGGGACACUUUUUAGUUAAAAAAUAGAUAGAAGUGUCCCUCUACUUCUGGUUCAACAUAGAACUAUAAAAGUAAAUUUUUACUCUAAUUUAAAACUUUUUUAUUUUUUUCAAUUUUAAAACCCAAAAAAACUUUAAAACUCCUUUAAUUCAGCCCUCCUCCCACCAAAAGCCAAGCAAAGUCUGGAGAGCUUGACCGUCGAUGAACUCCAGCAAUUGAAGGAAAUCGCCCAACAACUCCCACAGAUCACCGACCCGAAACAACUUGAGCAACUUUUGGAAUCCAAGACCCCGAAAGUCGUUGAAUUGGCCAAGGAGUUGGGACAAAAGCUUGAGGAGGUCUUGAAGCAAAAGCUCGAGAAGUUGUCUCCAGAAACCUCGCAAGUCGCUGAUCAAGUAAGUUGAGUAACAUUUAACUGCUAGGUUGUUCAAAUAAUUCUGUGUCUCUAAACCUCAAAAGUUGGUUUUGAGAUGUGGCGCAGAAUUAUUUGAACAAUCUAAUACUAAUGUAAUAACCAAAAUCUAGUACAUAGAAAACAGCAAUUAGUAUAUAUCAGGUUGUGCAAAUAAUUCUGUGCUCCCUCAAAAUUUUAAUAUUUUACAAAUCAUUGAUAUAUGUUUAGUUGAAAGAAAUUGGCAAAGAAGCUCUUCAAAAGGCCCAGAAGGUCCUCCAACAAUUGAAGCCUGAGGUCAUCCAAAACUUGAAAUCCACCUUCCCCGAAUUGGCCAACCUUGUCAACACUCCAGCAGGUCAAAAGAUUGUCCCACUCGUUCUUAACAGCACUAUUGCCUAA